AUGCUCAGAUCUGUGAUCAACAAGAAGGCCAGCACUAAGCUAGGACAAAGACUAUUCUCCAGAGAAUCUACCCCAUAUGACCAAACUAUCAACAACCUACGCCUGACAAACGAUACUAAGGUCAUUAUCCAGGGUUUCACAGGUAGACAAGCGUCUUUCCACGCCAAACUCUCACAGGAGUACGGUACCAACAUUGUGGGAGGGACAAAUCCCAAAAAGGCGGGUCAAAUGCAUUUGGGUAAGCCCGUUUUUGCCUCUGUUGCCGAAGCUAUCAAAGAAACCGGUGCGACCGCCUCUGGUAUCUUUGUGCCUCCUCCAAUUGCCGCACAGGCCAUCAAAGAAGCCGUGGAAGCGGAAAUUCCUCUGGCUGUCUGCAUCACUGAAGGUAUUCCUCAGCACGAUAUGCUGUACGUGGCAGAAAUGCUCAAGUCUCAGUCCAAGACCCGUCUUGUGGGACCCAACUGUCCGGGUAUAAUGUCUCCAGAGGGCCGUGUCCGUAUCGGUAUCCAGCCAUCGAAGAUUUUCAAGCCCGGUAAGAUUGGUAUUGUUUCCAAAUCUGGUACUUUGACCUACGAGGCCGUGCAGCAAACAACCAUCACGGGUCUGGGUCAAUCCCUUGUCAUUGGUAUUGGUGGUGAUGCUUUCCCAGGUACCGACUUUAUCGAUGCUCUAAAGUACUUCAUGAACGAUCCCUCCACCGAGGGUAUCGUCAUGUUGGGUGAAAUUGGUGGUAAGGCUGAAAUCGAAGCUGCUGAAUUCUUGAAAGAAUACAAUCUAAAGCGCUCUACUCCAAUGCCAGUGGCCUCCUUUAUUGCCGGUACCGUUGCAGGUCAAAUGAAGGGUGUCAGAAUGGGUCAUUCAGGCGCUAUCGUCGAAGGUUCGGGCACAGAUGCUGAAUCCAAGAAAGCUGCCUUGAGAGAGGCUGGCGUUGCUGUUGUCGAGUCUCCAGGUCGCUUGGGUGACGCUCUGGUGAAAGAGUUUGCUAAGUUGUAA